CAAAGAGAAAAACCCAUUUAAAAGCCCUUGAACUUCAAUAGAAAGAAUUCAAUUGGAACAGUGGGUUUGGUUCAAUUUCUUUCUUUUUUACUUCUUUCAAAAAUGUCUUAUUCUCCAAUACCUCUUGCAACUCUGUUCAAGUCUCUGGCUAUUUUUUUAGGACUUGUUCUCUUAAUGUUUUACAUCUCUUUGAAAAAAAACACUCACUUUCACCAAUUCAAUCUCUUGGCGAACUUUACACAGAACUGGCAAGCUUCAGUUCCCAUUACCAACACUCCUACCAAUAUAAGUCACAUUGUCUAUGGUAUUGUUGGUUCCAUGAACACAUGGAAGCACAAAAACUCAUAUGUCAAAUCAUGGUGGAGACCAAAUGUUACCAGGGGUUAUCUCUUUCUAGAUAGAGAUCCCACCAUGGAUUUCCUUCCCUGGUCUUCAUCCUACCCUCCUUUUCGUGUUAACGAGAACUUCAUAAAACGAAGUUUAUACAAGAACAUCGUAAGGCCCGAUCAAGUACGAAUUGUACGUACAGUUAUGGAGACAUUCAAGCAAGGUGAUGAAGAUGUGAGAUGGUAUGUAAUGGCAGAUGAUGAUACAAUCGUUUUUGUUGACAACUUGGUUGAGGUUUUAGCAAAGUAUGACCACAGUAAGUACAUGUAUAUCGGCGCUAAUUCCGAGUGUAUCAAAUCCAACUUUGAUUUCUCAUUUGAUAUGGCAUUUGGUGGAGCUGGUUAUGCUUUGAGUUAUCCACUAGCUGCAGCAUUGGCAAAGGUUUUCGAUAAGUGUAUUCAAAGGUAUACCCAUUUGUGGGUCAGUGAUUUCAUGCUUUACUCCUGUUUAUCUGAUCUAGUAGUUUCUCUGACACACCAAAAGGGGUUUCACCAGAUUGAUCUUGUCGGAGAUAUAUCAGGGCUAUUAUCAGCUCAUCCACAAAUUCCUUUAUUGUCCCUUCACCACCUUGACACCAUAGACCCAAUCUUCCCCUUCAUGAACCGCUCAGAAUCCAUUAACCACCUCAUGAAAGCAUCAAAAGUAGACCAUUCACGUCUACUCCAACAGACCAUAUGCUAUCAUAGACCAAGCAACUGGUCGUUCUCCGUCUCAUGGGGAUAUUCUGUUCAUAUCUAUGAAAAUAUAUUCCCUCGAAGUUAUUUACGCAAACCAAUCGAGACAUUUAGACCUUGGAGGAAAGAAAGGCCACCACUUUACAUGUUCAACACCAGGCCUUGGCCUCCCGGUAAUCCAUGUUGUGAAGCCCCUCAUGUUUUUUACUUUGAUUCCAUCGAGAAAAGUGAAGGAAACCAGACAGUAACGACUUAUGUUCGAGCAUCUCCACGGGGUUUAGCUGCUUGUUCUUCGAGUGGGAAUUUUUCUGCUGAUCCCAUUACCCAAAUUCAGGUCUUUUCAUCGCCUGCAGCCAAACAUAUGGAGGUGUUGCAUUAUUCAUGGUAUAGAAAGAGAUCAUUGUUGCAGUGUUUUACAUGAGGCUGGCAUGAACACUACCAAGGUCGUAUACAGAGCAUGCAUGAAAGAUGAAAUAAUAUCCUAACACGUUUUCUAUACAGUGUAGGAAUACUUAUUA